UAAGGUUCUACUAUAAGUAUCAGCAUACCCUGGCCGGUUUAGUCCAAACAUCUAGGGCUGGUCUGAGUCAUCAGAAUAUCUCGGCUGCUUUCCCCUUCUCGGAAAUCUCGGCUGCUCUCCAUGGCGCGACGCCUCCAUUCUGCAAUAAUCGCCACCUUGGUUCUGUUAGCGGUUGGACAGUGUAGCAAUGCAGUCCUGACGGAGGCUGAAGUGUUCUGGCGCACCGUCCUGCCCGAUUCUCCGAUCCCGGAUCCCAUCCUCAAGCUCAUCCAUCCUGAGACCAGCCUUGUAAACAAGACACCAAAGGAUGAUACGGUUGCUGAAGCAUACUCCCUGACAUGGUUAAUGUGGGGGCUUCGCUCUCCCUCUGGACCGACCAAGCACUCGUCUCCCAGGCCAUCUCAUCACCGUGACCACAGCACAGACGAGUAUCUGGCCCAAGGGCUCUUCUUCCAUGAGGAGGCAGUUCAAGUAGGCAAGACUAUCACCUUCUACUUCCCUUUGGCAGCCAGUGCACUGCUAGGGCUAUUGCCGCGUCAUCAGGCGGACUCGAUUCCAUUCUCGACGUCCUCGCUACCGAGCGCCCUCGCGCGGCUUGGUAUCGCUAAUAGCUCCGUGCAGGCAGCCAACAUGGAGGAGACGCUAUACAUGUGUGACCUGCCACCAAAAGCAGGUGAGGCAAAAUUCUGCGCGACGUCCCUGGAAGCCCUGGUCGAGGGAACCAUGGAGGCGCUUGGCACCCGCAACAUCCGGCCCAUGACCUCCGACCUGCCCCGCUCAGGGGCACCUAAGCAACCAUACACCGUCCGUGGUGUACACCCGGUGGACGGAUCCACCUUCGUGUCAUGCCACGACCAUAACUAUCCCUACACCGUCUACAUGUGCCAUAACACUCCAUCGACGAGGGCGUACAUGGUGGAGAUGGAGGGCGCCCAUAGUGGCCUUGUCGUCACCGUUGCCGCUAUUUGUCACACCGACACCUCCCACUGGGACGCCGAGCAUUUCUCCUUCAAGGUCCUCGGCACCAAGCCUGGCGACGGACCAGUCUGCCACUAUCUGCCAUAUGGGCACAACGUGUGGGUCAACAAGGAGGCAAAUCGCUCGUCGUCCUAAGAAACC